AUGCCACUUGCUGCCCUCCUCGAGCGCGCUGCGAGCCUAGCCUCGCUCGACUUGCAACGCGAUGGCUUCGUUCCUUCUGCACUACAAAGAGGCGAAAUCAUCGACAUCUCGAAUCGAAUAUCCGAAUUGCUGAUGAGGUCAACAUCAGAAGCCGGGGAUUUGCCCGCCCUGUACGCGCAGGCCUCAAAGCAACUCGCACCGCAGGGCGUAUCAGCAGUCAAUCUCUCCAUUGUAUCUCCCGUGCGGCGUCUACCCCCUGAGCUUUUGACGAGCAUAUUCUUCGAAGUAGCUCCCGGUAGCCCCUUCGAUAGAGGUCCGCUUCUCGCGCGUACCGUCGCCUGCGUAUGCUUUACGUGGCGAACCGUUGUACUGGGUAUGCCGCUGCUCUGGAGCUAUAUCUCCUCGGAGCGGAUGUCGCCCUUGGAUAGCUACGCGGCGCAGAUUCGGCGGUCCGGAGACCUCCCUCUUCAUCUGCGUCACUGGCAAUGGACUGAGAAUGGGCCUCGAGCAGAGCUCCUCAAACUUCUGCGCUUACAUGCCGCGCGCUGGGCGUCUAUCGAAAUUACGUCCUCGUGUGCUACAUUGAAGGCGCAGCCGAUGGUUGAGCUUCCCUUGCUUCGCACGGCGUGCAUCUGUAUCGAGGGUCCGGCUAUGGGACCAAAGGUUCACACGCCACUUCACUUUUUGACCAAUGCACCCACACUCAUAGACCUGACUGUACGCCUCCUCGGGGGGAAGGCGAUGUCAAUUUGGUCGUUGGUUGCCAUCCCACCCUUUCCGCACCUGACGACCCUCGAUAUACUCAUCGAAAUUGCCUCCUGGGACCAUCCCCCAUAUACGGCAAUCCUCGCCGCCAUGCAAAGCUGCAUGCAGACCCUAACGACCCUGACCCUAGACAUCAUCGGAGACUUUCACGAGGGCUCGCGGAUCAGGCAGUCAGAUGGCUCCUUACUACGCUUGGAGAUAUUGGGAGAUCUCUGCCUCAUGUCCCGAGCAGCCGAGGUUUUCUUGCCGGCGAUUGAGAGUCCUGUUCUGCACCGCCUCGUACUUGCCAAGCUACCAAAUGCGGACUAUACUCAGCUUCCGGCGCUGCUCGACUUUUUGUCACGCCAGUCGCUGCGCGUGAAGGGGUUGAUACUGGAAGAUCUCGCGGCGGGGGAGGAGGAGAUGCUCAUACGGUGCUUCGAGCGUCUCGAUGGCCUAGAGGAGCUGCAUGUGAUUGAGUUGUAUAGCUCGGCGUUGCUACCCGUGCUGCGCCAGCUCACCGUGACGAAGGACCAGCGACCGCUACUGCCGAAAUUGACCACCGUGGUCUUUCGCUUCCAGGACCAAGGCGCGCAUGAUAGGGUUGAGGACGCGUUGAAGGAGAUGGUGGCGUCUAGGGAGCAGUCUGGUAGGGGCGUGGAAAUGCUUCGGGACGUCGAAAUUAUUGUAGGUGCUUGAGCACAAAGACUGGGGAUGAGCAGUCUGUAGUCCCU